AUGGAGGUUCGGCCCCCCCUCACGCUCUCCUCGUUCAUCCUGUUCGAGGAGAGGAGGCGAGCGCGAGCAGCGGGCGAGAAGGGAGACUUCUGCGCGCUCCUCGCCUCCAUCCAGUCUGCCUGCAAGAUCAUCAGCAGGGCAGUCCAUAGGGCCGGAGUCGACGAGCUCCAUGGGGCGUUGGAGCAUGUGAAUAUACAGGGGGAGGUAGUGAAGCGCCUUGACGUUCUCAGUAACGAUACUCUCAUCCACUUCUUGUGCAACUCUGGUCAACUCUGCGUGGCGACUUCCGAAGAGACUGAAGAUAUCAUCCGCCCACCUGACUACCUUACUGGAGAGUUUGUCGUGACAUUCGAUCCGUUGGAUGGCUCCUCCAACAUCGACGCGGGUGUGAAUGUUGGGACCAUAUUCGGGAUCUAUCGGCGGAUAAGCGACAGCGGACCAGACGGGCGUCAGCCUGGCAACAUUCAAGACGCCCUUCAACCCCCUAAGAACUUGAUCGCAGCAGGAUACACCAUGUACGGAGCGAGUACCAUCCUGGUGCUGGCGACAGAGCAGGGCGUGAACGGCUUCACGCUCGAUACGGGCAUCGGCGAGUUCAUCAUGACCCAUCCUGAAAUCAAGCUCCCAACGAGAGGAAAGACCUACUCCAUCAACGAGGGCAACAGUGCCAGCUGGGACAAGUCGACGACGGAGUUUAUUGCCUACUGCAAGUCCGAAGACGAGUCCAAGAAAUGCUACUCUCUUCGAUACAUCGGAACUAUGGUGGGGGAUGUGCAUAGAACUCUGUGUUAUGGAGGAAUCUUCAUGUAUCCUGCAGAUGCCCGAGCAAAGAAUGGGAAACUUCGCCUGCUCUAUGAAUGCGGCCCAAUGGGCUACAUCGUCGAGAAGGCUGGAGGACGCGCGACCACGGGAAAGAUGCAGAUCCGUGACAUCCAGCCUGUGGAGCUGCAUGAAAGAGCCCCGAUCUUCCUCGGCAGCAAGCUCGACGUGGAGCAGGUGGAAGCGAUCUACGCGAAGAACAGCUGAGGAAGCUCGUUGGGGGUUGAGACGCGAGACUUCAAUAAAUUUACAGCUAGCAC